AUGAAGGAGAAGAAGAAAGACAAAAAGGAAUUACUGUCGACGUCAGCGCGAGGUGUAUGUACACCUCAGCAGCAGACUUGGUCUUUCUCGACGCCCCCGGCCACGGCGACUUCGUCCCAAACCUCAUCGGCGCUGUGUGUACAGACAGCUGGAUUCCACAAAGCCUGUGUCCGCAUUGUUCCUGUUGCUGCUCUUCCGGGGGUCAAUUUGGUGCCGCAGCAGCAGCAGCAGCAGCAGCAGCUGUUGCUGCUGGAGCUGGCUGCUGCCAAGCGCUCGGCACACACCCAGGACGCCGUCAGCCACCUGCAGCAAAUGGUGCAGCAGCAGCAAAAGCAGCAGCAGCAAUUGCUGCAGUGGUGGAAGGGCGGAUCCCUGCUAGAAACCAUAGAAGCCGUCCCUGCGGAAGCGAGCCGCAGCAACUGCUGCUGCAGCAGCAGCAGCAGCAGCAGCAGCGGCUUCGCUGCUGUUGUGUCGGACGUGUGGCGCAGUGGGGACACACUGGUAAUGUCUUUUAAAGUAGUAAGGGGCACUUUGAAGACAGGUGACCUUGUGCUGCUGCUGCCGGGCCGGCAGCAGCUGCGCGCGCUGCAGCUGCACUGCGGCAGCAGCAGCAGCAGCAGCAGCGGCAGCAGCAGCGGCAGCAGCGGCAGCAGCAGCAACAUCGUGGCGAGUUGCAGCAGCGGGCAGUUCGUGCUUGAAGGCGCAUUCUCGUGCGCGUCAAUCGAGGAAACAGCAGCAGCAGCAGCAGCAGGAUGCGUCCUCUGCAGCAGCAAAGAGCUGCUGCCAACUCCGCAGCUGCUGCAGGCCUCGCUGCUGUGUCUAGACACCGAAAUGCCGCUGCUGCCGGGGCGCCAGCUGUGG